AGAUAACAACAGAAGACGAGAAAGAAUGUCACGUCAAUCAGUCAGCUGAUGUGUGUUGUUACCCUGGGGGAUACUGUGAUGUGUUCGCACCGUGUAACGUGGUGUUUUCGCAACGGACACAUGUUUAUAAGUUGGUAGUUAACAGUUGUUAGUUAAUUCCGGUUUUUGAUUUUAUACCCUCGCCGUACUCAAAAUCUUCUUUAAAAAGGCAACUUUUGGAUACACUGUUACCUACACAUAUUAAAAUAAUAUAUAUCCUAUUUCGAUAAGGUGAGUCUUGAUUAUUGACCUCUUUGUGACACUGUUUAGUGAAAUAUUUCCCCACUUUUGAAACAAGGAACUAUUUCUCAACCUUAAUCGUUACGAUAUAAAUGGAUACAGACAAACACAGGACCUUGGCAAUCAAAAGGUGUGCCUGGGGCAAAGCCGUAAAUUCGGCACCCUUUUCUAAAUAAGUAUAUAUAAAUACACCUCUUUUGCAGGAACAUGACAAUUUGGUGCCCUCUGCAGAUGGCGUCCACUGUGGGUGAUAAGGGGAGAUAAACACUUCGAUAGAAGCGACCACCAGGGCAAGGCGGACUUUUCAAUAAGUGCGAUCGUGGCCAGCACGAACACCGCCAGCCGGGUCAAUUUGGAACACAGGCUUAUCCUGACCUACGGCACUUUGACGCCACAUGGGAUUAAUGUUAUAUCUCUGUUCACAUCUUGACCCUAGCUCCGCCCCUCCACGUUCUGACCUAUCACAGUGUACUUUUUUCUCCUCUUUUUUUUUUCGCUCUUCCCUAUUUAAACUCUCACUCACUUACCUUCUGUCACAUUUCCUUUGCUGCCGACAGAUACUACUUCCCAGCUAAGAGCUAUUUCUUUUUUAUUUUUAUACCGUUUUUUUUUCUUUUGUUUUGUUCGCUGACGAAGGCUUUCUGCCGACACGUUCGCAGUUUUGUUGCAUUUCUUUUUUCAGGUUUAACCCUACUCUGUUCUAUUCAUUUUACACUGAGAUUGACCGUUUCGCCUCCACUUUGCAAGACCUUUAAAAAAGAUUUGAACUUUUCUAACAUAUCAGCCCCCUGAUUCACAUGAUUGUACCAUGGGGGAAUAAAAUAUAAUUUUUACUCUAUAACUGAACACUUUUAUUUAUCUGUAUUGUAAAUAUUCGUAAAUAUUCGUAAAUGUUCGUAAAUAUUCGUAAAUAUUCGUAAAUAUUCGUAAAUAUUCGUAAAUAUUCGUAAAUAUUCGUAAAUAUUCGUAAAGCUCGGCAUUCGCCUGUCUCCGUGAGUCGUUGGUGUAGCUCAUUCGUUCGUAGUUCUAUUUUUACGAGGCCGAUCCUGGAGUGGCAGUCUUGGCUGCACCAUUUGCACCAGAACUUUGCCCGCUCGUUUUUUCUUUGUCCCUUUCCCGUAUCUCUCUUAGCUCCGGUUUCUCAUCCGCUGUUCGCCAGCCGCACGUGUCAUCGUUGAUUGUCUCCCCAUAGCUCAUUUCGCCGCCCUCAAGUCUCUGUGACGGGCUGUGACGUUUGUGUAGCUGAGUCGCAAAGAUAUUGCCACAAACACACCAACAAAUGUGAAGUUAAUGUAAAGGAUUUUUAAAGUUUGUUACAAAUUUAUAAGCAAUCUUGAGCUAUGGAACAUAAUAGAAGACAAAAAAGGGGGAAAAAAGGGUUUGAUUUGAAGCUGGAAAAUAAUAACAAAUACAAUAAAUACAAAGGGUGAGAACCCAUUUAAUAAAAACGCAGUGGAUAAACUUUAAAAAUGACUUGAUUACUUCCCUUUCCUCAAUAAUUUUGAGAGCAAUUAAAAAUACUAGUUAAAAUUUAAAAAAAAAAGAAGAAAAAAAAAAAAUUAAAAAAAUAAAACGAUAAUGUGAAGCACACUAUUUUUCCAAAGAAAAAAAAGUGAGUUGAAUCUUGUAUCCGUUUUUAUCAUGAAAUCAUUCAAGAUACAAACCCAGAAAUAAUUUGUUUCGUUAACCCUGUCACUCUUCAGAUCAUUCUAGAUAGCAUUUCUUUAGCCCUGCCAAACUUCAAAUUAUGACACAUGUCAUGUUUUUAACCCUUUCAAUCAUCAGAUCUUUCCAGAUAGCAUGUCUUUAACCCUUUCAAUCAUCAGAUCUUUCCAGAUGCCGUUUGACGGAUUCUUCACCACCCUGGGCCUGGCGCAGGCCGUGUUCGCCCUCGUCAUGUGGGUAGGGGCAUUCCCGACGCGCGGAUGGAUCUCGGGCACGACGGUGUUGGGCAUCAUAACACAGGACCUGGAGGUAGGGCUGUUUAAGACGAGCAAGUCUGGCGUGAUCGUGGACACUAAAGAGUACUUCAAGAGCCAAUACGGUGGGUACACUCAGCGUGGGUGAGGGGAGGGGCGUGUGUGUGUGACGGGUUGGCAAAGAUUGUAUAAUUAAGCUCAUGGAAGGGCUGAAGUCUCUACAAUUGAUGGGAAUGUGUUCGUAUGCGAUGAGAGAGAGAGAGAGAGAGAGAGAGAGAGAGAGAUAUGCAGAGAGAGAGAGAGACGGAGAGGACAGCGAGAGAGAGGGAAAGAUAGAGAUACAAAGAGAAACUGAGAAGGAGAAAGAGAGAAACGGACAGAGAGAAACGCACCGAGAGGCAAAGGGAGAUAAACGGGAAAAAAGAAGGGGGGGGGCGGCAUCUCAUUGAUUUAAAUGACACACCCCCUUGUCCCUUAAGAAUAAAAAAACAACAACAUCCAUAUGACAUGUCAUACCAAUGUCACACCACAUCCACAUGACAUGUCAUAACCCACAUCCACAUGACAUGUCAUACCAAUGUCACACCACAUCCAUAUGACAUGUCAUACUAAUGACACACCACAUCCACAUGACAUGUCAUACCAAUGUCAAGCCACUUCCACAUGGCAUGUCAUACCAAUGUUACACAACAUUCACAUGACAUGUCAUACCAAUGUCACACAACAUCCAUAUGACAUGUCAUACCAAUGACACACCACCGUAACAUCAAACACAUUCUAUCUACUGGCCAGCGACUCAGCAUCAGCUUCCAAUCCCAUAAUUCAGACAUCAGGGUUAGUGUCUGUUCAACCUCACCGACGAAUCUCGUUUACUUCAUCGUGUGUCAGACCUGCCUCCCGAAUUAAAUUUCUUUGAGUAGUUAAUCCUUUCUUAAAAAAAAAAAAACGUAUUUAAAAUAACGAAAUACGUGUAUUGAUUUGAGGUUUUAAUCACCUGCUAUCAAUCCGACAAUAAUGUAAAUAACUGAUUUCCCUUGUCCCCCAAAAAAAAAAAAAAAACAACAAAAAGAAACAAAAAAAACAAAACAAACAAAAAAAGAAACAUUGCUCUAUAUCAGAGGCAUAGCAAAGGGGGAAAAGUGUAGGGGGACAGAUUUCCUCGGGCACCAGCUAGUUUGUCCUGUUGUUUUCUCUUUCAUGAAUCUUGUCCGCGGGUGCCAAACCCUCUAGCUACUCCUCUACUCCACAUAUCCAAACUAGCUGCAUUAAACAAGUUCUAACAAACCUUCUAGCUACUCCUCUACUCCACAUAUCCAAGCUAGCUGCAUUAAACAAGUUCUAACAAACCUUCUAGCUACUCCUCUACUCCACAUAUCCAAGCUAGCUGCAUUAAACAAGUUCUAACAAACCCUCUAGCUACUCCUCUACUCCACAUAUCCAAACUAGCUGCAUUAAACAAGUUCUAACAAACCCUUUAGCUACUCCUCUACUCCACAUAUCCAAGCUAGCUGCAUUAAACAAGUUCUAACAAACCCUCUAGCUACUCCUCUACUCCACAUACCCAAACUAGCUGCAUUAAACAAGUUCUAACAAACCCUCUAGCUACCCCUCUACUCCACAUAUCCAAGCUAGCUGCAUUAAACAAGUUCUAACAAACCCUCUAGCUACUCCUCUACUCCACAUAUCCAAGCUAGCUGCAUUAAACAAGUUCUAACAAACCCUCUAGCUACUCCUCUACUCCACAUAUCCAAACUAGCUGCAUUAAACAAGUUCUAACAAACCCUAUAGCUACUCCUCUACUCCACAUAUCCAAACUAGCUGCAUUAAACAAGUUCUAACAAACCCUCUAGCUACUCCUCUACUCCACAUAUCCAAACUAGCUGCAUUAAACAAGUUCUAACAAACCCUCUAGCUACUCCUCUACUCCACAUAUCCAAACUAGCUGCAUUAAACAAGUUCUAACAAACCUUCUAGCUACUCCUCUACUCCACAUAUCCAAACUAGCUGCAUUAAACAAGUUCUAACAAACCUUCUAGCUACUCCUCUACUCCACAUAUCCAAACUAGCUGCAUUAAACAAGUUCUAACAAACCCUCUAGCUACUCCUCUACUCCACAUAUCCAAACUAGCUGCAUUAAACAAGUUCUAACAAACCUUCUAGCUACUCCUCUACUCCACAUAUCCAAACUAGCUGCAUUAAACAAGUUCUAACAAACCUUCUAGCUACUCCUCUACUCCACAUAUCCAAACUAGCUGCAUUAAACAAGUUCUAACAAACCCUCUAGCUACUCCUCUACUCCACAUAUCCAAACUAGCUGCAUUAAACAAGUUCUAAUAAACCUUCUAGCUACUCCUCUACUCCACAUAUCCAAACUAGCUGCAUUAAACAAGUUCUAACAAACCUUCUAGCUACUCCUCUACUCCACAUAUCCAAACUAGCUGCAUUAAACAAGUUCUAACAAACCUUCUAGCUACUCCUCUACUCCACAUAUCCAAACUAGCUGCAUUAAACAAGUUCUAACAAACCCUCUAGCUACUCCUCUACUCCACAUAUCCAAACUAGCUGCAUUAAACAAGUUCUAACAAACCCUCUAGCUACUCCUCUACUCCACAUAUCCAAACUAGCUGCAUUAAACAAGUUCUAACAAACCAUCUAGCUACUCCUCUACUCCACAUAUCCAAACUAGCUGCAUUAAACAAGUUCUAACAAACCUUCUAGCUACUCCUCUACUCCACAUAUCCAAACUAGCUGCAUUAAACAAGUUCUAACAAACCCUCUAGCUACUCCUCUACUCCACAUAUCCAAACUAGCUGCAUUAAACAAGUUCUAACAAACCCUCUAGCUACUCCUCUACUCCACAUAUCCAAACUAGCUGCAUUAAACAAGUUCUAACAAACCAUCUAGCUACUCCUCUACUCCACAUAUCCAAACUAGCUGCAUUAAACAAGUUCUAACAAACCCUCUAGCUACUCCUCUACUCCACAUAUCCAAACUAGCUGCAUUAAACAAGUUCUAACAAACCCUUUAGCUACUCCUCUACUCCACAUAUCCAAACUAGCUGCAUUAAACAAGUUCUAACAAACCCUUUAGCUACUCCUCUACUCCACAUAUCCAAACUAGCUGCAUUAAACAAGUUCUAACAAACCCUUUAGCUACUCCUCUACUCCACAUAUCCAAACUAGCUGCAUUAAACAAGUUCUAACAAACCCUUUAGCUACUCCUCUACUCCACAUAUCCAAACUAGCUGCAUUAAACAAGUUCUAACAAACCCUUUAGCUACUCCUCUACUCCACAUAUCCAAACUAGCUGCAUUAAACAAGUUCUAACAAACCCUUUAGCUACUCCUCUACUCCACAUAUCCAAACUAGCUGCAUUAAACAAGUUCUAACAAACCCUCUAGCUACUCCUCUACUCCACAUAUCCAAACUAGCUGCAUUAAACAAGUUCUAACAAACCCUCUAGCUACUCCUCUACUCCACAUAUCCAAACUAGCUGCAUUAAACAAGUUCUAACAAACCAUCUAGCUACUCCUCUACUCCACAUAUCCAAACUAGCUGCAUUAAACAAGUUCUAACAAACCCUCUAGCUACUCCUCUACUCCACAUAUCCAAACUAGCUGCAUUAAACAAGUUCUAACAAACCCUAUAGCUACUCCUCUACUCCACAUAUCCAAGCUAGCUGCAUUAAACAAGUUCUAACAAACCCUAUAGCUACUCCUCUACUCCACAUAUCCAAGCUAGCUGCAUUAAACAAGUUCUAACAAACCCUCUAGCUACUCCUCUACUCCACAUAUCCAAGCUAGCUGCAUUAAACAAGUUCUAACAAACCCUCUAGCUACUCCUCUACUCCACAUAUCCAAACUAGCUGCAUUAAACAAGUUCUAAUAAACCCUCUAGCUACUCCUCUACUCCACAUAUCCAAACUAGCUGCAUUAAACAAGUUCUAAACAAGCAGAAAUGAAAAAGGUGCGUCAAUGGCAAAUCACAUUUGAAAAACAUAUUAUAUGUUUCUAUGUGUGUUUUGGUUACCUUAUGUGGGUCCCAGCCUCUUAAUGAAAAAAGAAGACAACAGAACAAUCAGAUGUUUCAACACGGAAGGUGAAAUACAGGGACACAUCUUAUCCGGCUAAUUCACCAACAGAUAACUGUUCAUAAAGAAGAAAAAAAAGAAAAAAACCCUAGAGAAAUGAUUAAGUUGUAAAUCUUACUUUGCAACUGCGGUUACAAAAGGCCUCCCAACUCCCAAUAAAAUAAAAAAAAAUUGAAAAAUACUAUAUCGUUAACCUCUCUCAAAUUUCUUCUGACAGACAGCAUUGAGGCCACCAUUAUCACCCUGAGUCUGGGGGGCAUGUUCCUGCUGACGGCUAUCGGGCUCUUAUGCUGGUACUUCUACACACCCGCUGCGAGAAAACUCGGCCUGGCCUACGUCAUGUGUGCUAUGAUGGCAGGUUGGUUGGUGGAAAUCUUCGGCGAUUUUUGUAUGAUUGCAGAUCUGUUGACGGGCAUCAUUUGCGACUUUGUAUGUUGAUAGGUUGAUCGGUGGGUAUCUUAGGCGACUUUGUAUGUUGAUAGGUUGGUCGGUGGGUAUCUUAGGCAUCUUGGUACAUUAGCAAGUUGUUUGGAAGGUAGAUUUGGAGGUAGUUUGGAAGGUAGGUUUGAAGGUAGGUUGGAAGGUAGGUUGGAAGGUAGUUUGGAAGGUAGAUUGGAAGGUAGGUUGGAAGGUAGAUUGGAAGGUAGGUUGGAAGGUAGGUUGGAAGGUAGAUUUGGAGGUAGUUUGGAAGGUAGAUUGGAAGGUAGGUUGGAAGGUCGAUUUGGAGGUAGUUUGGAAGGUAGAUUGGAAGGUAGUUUGGAAGGUAGAUUGGAAGUUAGAUUGGAAGGUAGGUUGGAAGGUAGAUUGGAAGGUAGGUUGGAAGGUAGAUUGGAAGGUAGGUUGAAAGGUAGGUUGGAAGGUAGGUUGGAAGGUAGGUUGGAAGGUAGGCUGGAAGGUAGGUUGGAAGGUCGAUUUGGAGGUAGUUUGGAAGGUAGGUUGGAAGGUAGGUUGGAAGGUAGGUUGGAAGGUAGGUUGGAAGGUAGGUUGGAAGGUAGGUUGGAAGGUAGGUUGGAAGGUAGAUUGGAAGGUAGGUUGUUGCGUUGUUGGUGGUUUUUGUAUCUGAGUGUGUUGGUUGGGUAUUUUGAUGCUAGGUGUGUUGGGGUUAGUUGGGGAGUUGUUGGUUGGAUAAACCAAUAGAUACAGAGGGACUUAGAUACGACUAGUCAACCUGGGGUUGUGGCUCAUCCAGUCAACCUGGGAUGGUGGCUCAUCCAGUCAACCUGGGAUAGUGGCUCAUUGGAGACAAUGAAACCUUUAAAUUCAAAGCCGGACAUUGUACUCAUAAAAAAUUGAAGCAACCCCUGUUUCAGCUCUGGAUGUUAUUUCGGACACAACAGCUGUUUACUAGAAAACAGCUGAUUCUCCAUGAAAAAAACCUCGCCCUGCUCUCCUAGGGGUGUAGUGCUUUCCAAACUGUUUGUCACGAUACACGAGUAGAAAUUAGUUAGACAAACUUAUCGGAAAUAUGGCGCAAGUUGUAACUUACAUCAAAUUUGACAAUUUCACCAAUUAUUUUGCUCAACUUUUUGAAGAAAUUUGGUCAAAAUGUAAAAAAAAACAUUAAAAUAAGAAAUUAAUUAGUAACAAUUAAUUUUUUAACAUAUUAAAGAAAAAUAAUUUACUUUUUCCUCAUCAUUAAAAAUUGUCCAACUUUUUGCACCCCUCCCUUAUUUUGAGGACGCCCCUGAAAAGUUGAAUCUUAGACUGUGAUUGGAUGGAGUUUAUUUCAACAGAGUGAUGUUCACCAUUCUCUUACUCAAGAAGAUGGAAAUGGUUUGACAAAAGCAAUGGUGGGAAUCUGUUACAAUGGUGUAUGUAGGAGGUUGACUUAGCUGUUGGAUUUGUGUUUCAAAAGUUUCAUCCAAAGCAUAAGUGAACGAUUUUCCUCUUAUUCUCCUUCUAUAGUUUGAGGACCCACGAUCAAUGCAUUGAUCAUUCUGGCUCCUAUGUUUCAGAGGGGUUAGCGAUGUUACUGUGGAUGGGUUUUCAAGGGGAUACUUCACUGGUUUCAAGGGCCACUCAGCAAGGGUUUUAUGAACUGGGUUUGGAAGACAAGAGGCAAAAGCUGCAAGUGUGUCAAGUGCAGUCGCGUCAAACUGCUGCUUUUGGAAGCAAUGUUGUGUCACCAUGUCUUGUGAUCAAUUAACUGUGUGGCCAGUUUGUCAUGAUUGGGCAGAAGUGACUCAAUGCGUCGUGGAAUAAUGUGUCUCUGACAUGUGUCUCUGACAUGUGUCUCGCCAACAUUACACGCUUGGAAAACACCGAGUCGAUACCUUCAAAAUGACACCGUUCUAUCUAGCUUUACAUAUUAUCAAUAUAUAAUUAUCCUAAUACUUUGACAUACAUAUUUCAGGACCAAUUGGUUUAAAAAUUAUUUUUUUGCUAAACAGCGACGUCAUCAUAUGGGUUUCCCGUUAAGCUAUUUAUGUAUAAUAACGCACGGUAUGAUGUCAUCAAUGACGUCAUGAACAUUGUCUACUCUCACAGGCGUGUUCCUGAUGGCCGGCGUCGUGAUAUUUGAGACCAGCUUCGACGACGUCAACUACAUCGUGGGCUACAGCUGGUACCUGGCGUUGUUCUCCGGCCUCCUCAGCUGGUCGUCCUUCGUGACGUUCAUCACAGGGGUCAAGCGAGGGGAGAGAGACCCCCACGGAACGCCGGUUAGGGGAGGAAAUCAAAGAAAGGGGGAUCGCACCCCACUCCUGCCAUAACGUUUUGAUGGCUUCCCCAACGUAUUUGUACAUUGUACACACUAGAUAGGACAUUGGUUUCCCCAACGUAUUUGUACAUUGUACACACUAGAUAGGACAUUGGCUUUCCCAACAUAUUUGUACAUUGUACACACUAGAUAGGACAUUGGUUUCCCCAACGUAUUUGUAUAUUGUACACUCUAGAUAGGACAUUGGUUUCCCCAACGUAUUUGUACAUACUGCAUUGAACACUGGAAGGAUACAAAUAAAAUUUAAAAAAUAUAAUAUAAUUAAACAAUAGAACUGAAUACACUAGAUAGGACAUUGGUUUUCCCAACAUAUUUGUACAUUGUACACACUAGAUAGGACAUUGGUUUCCCCAACGUAUUUGUACAUUGUACACACUAGAUAGGACAUUGGUUUCCCCAACGUAUUUGUAU